CAACGCUGUGUUGGACAACGUCAGCGACAUUCUUGAGGCCAGUGAAGUUUGCAGCUGUCACGGAGCCAAACUCUGCAAUCUUGUCGUCUGCCUUCACCCCCUGUGGAAAAGGCAACACACACUCACAUAUACCUUGUAGUCUUGACUUACGGCAGACGCAGCAGGUGAGCCGUCUGUCACCUGACUCACUCGGGCAAACGCCGUCGGAAGUAUCCUCCUCUCUUCUCCUCUGGCCACACCCUCUGACUCCGCCCCCCGACGGAGCCGGGUCUCGGCGUGGAUCUGGUGGAGUUUCUCUUCGAUUAGUUUCAUCACUGCCUUGUGGUCAUUCCUCAGACCUGGGGGGACCGGGGAACAGGCACGGGGGGCAAGGGGAACUGGCUCCCAUCAAAUUUUGUAGCUAAACGUCAGUAACAGUUCUCACAGAUGAUCCUGUUCCUGGCUCUUCUGACGGCAUAUACGUCGAUAUCUGGACGUGGGAACCCCUCAUCGUCCACCAGUCUCCCGUUCAUUCCCACUCCUCCCUGCUGUUGAUGGUGGCUCUGAGGUCACGUGCAGUGCAGCGAGUCAGCCUCACGUUCUCCAGGACAGUGUUGCAGGCCUGCAUCUCCGUCUCGAUGGCGUCCUUCCUGUCCAUCAGCUCCUCUGGAGACAGUUUACUCCAGUCCUCCUCAGACAACUCCAUUCUCCACUCCACGCGGCGCGCAGCAGGAAUUGGGGGCACGCCCCUUAAAUCGUCACAUGAUUAGAGACACACCUCCGGCCAGUGUGCUGCUGCUGCUAUAGAUCAUCUCUCUGCACAGCUACAGCUUGUGAACAUGGCGCGCAAAGGCUUGACUCGUUUCUGCGGAGUGUGUUCCAUCCUCUCCGUCUCUCUCGCCGUGGUCCUGUUGGUUGCAGCCGUCGUCCUGGGAACUGACAGCGACGGCAUCAACGCUGCAGUGGAGCGGCAGAUCGACGAGCAAGUGACGUUGAAGCCAGGCCAUGCCACGUACGAGCAGCUGCAGAACCCGACGCUGCCUAUCUGGAAAGACUUCUACUUCUUCAACCUCACGAAUCCCGAUGAGUUUGUGGAGGGAGCAAAGCCCAACCUCACUCAAGUUGGUCCCUACAGCUACAGGGAGGAGAGGAAGAAAACCUUCCUGUGGGUGUCUCCCGAUGACUCAGAACUGACGUACAAUCAGAGCAAACUGUUCUACUGGGACAACGCUACCUCGGGAGCCAGGCUCCGGGAGAAUGACACUAUCUGUACCAUCAACAUCCCCCUCCUGGGAGCGAUUGACAUGGUGGAAGAAUACGCCAAGGAACACAGUGGAGUCAUAGGAGAGUUGGCCAAGCAGCUGCUGAAGGAGAUAAUAUCUGAGACUGGUGCGAGGCUGUACGUGUGUGUGGAGGCCCACGACCUCGCAUGGAACUACACCGAUGCCUUUGUGCAGAAACUGAACAGGAGUGAGGUACUCAAACUGAGCGGGCUGGCCUACCCACGCUGCUGUGUAAACCUUCAGAGCAAUGGCUCCGCAAAUGAUUCCCGACCAUCAACCAUAUACACUGGAGUGAAGGACAUAGGAAGGAUUGGGCAGUUCUUACAGUGGGACGGUAUGAGGAGACUCAACAUCUGGCCGGGGGAAACAGCCAAUGACAUUAAUGGCACUGAGGGACUGUUCUUCAGACCUAAUAUCAAAGAGGGGGAGCCCCUGAUGGCAUUUGUUGAUGACGUCAUUCGGUCAUUUGACCUGACGCAAGAGAAGAAGGUGAAACACAAGGGACUGGAGGCGUGGCGCUACCUCCUAAAUUCCACGACGUUCCUCUCCCCUCUUUACUACCACCCCAACUCCCGCUGGGGUAACUGGGAGUACGACGGACUCAUCUACCUCGGAGUAAUCCAGUACCCCAACGUCCCGGUGUACGGGAGUCAGCCCCACUUCUUCGGGGGAGACCCCAUACUCCGAGAGAUGGUUAUCGGGAUGAACCCUGACCCCAAGCUACACACCACUCAGAUCGAUGUGGAGGUGUUCACAGGAGCUAACAUACAGUUCAGGCAGGUGCUGCAACUCAAUGCCCGCGCCGUGAGGAACGACGACUUUGAAGAGCUGGCAAACAUCAAUGGAACUCUCUACUACCCUGUCCUCUACAUCAAUGAGCAUGCAGAGUUGACAGAAAGUUUCAAGAACUAUCUCGAGGGGAAAGGAUUAGGGAUGGUGAUGGGACUGCAAGAGGCAUACUGGCCCGUUUUUGGAGUCCUACUGGGGCUGGCACUAAUAUUGAUACUGGUUUCCAUGGUGAUAUGUGGUCUGUUUAUCGGACGGCUCAGAAGACGAGAACAGUAUGAGCGAUUAUAGUCCUUCUCUUUGUUAUCUCCUGUGUGAUACUUUCAUGUUUGUUGUCUAAUUAAGGAAAUUGAAAAUGCACCUUAUUAUUGUAAAUGGAAAUGGAAUGAGAAAAACAAAUUCAGACGGUUCUUUGUCAGCUUGCGCAGGAAAACAGUUUGUGGAAUAAAAUUUACUAAAUUUGGCAGACAAAAACCGAAAUGACCUGACAUAAGAAGUUAUAAUAUCAAAUAAUAUAGGCAGU